ACUCCGACGUCAACUCCCUGACGAAUGCGGAUAUGCAACAGAGAAAGUCGACACCAGUGAGAAACGUGGGUAAACCAUUGUGCAUAUUCAACCUUGUACUUUUAAUGUGUUGCUCAUAGUUUGUUCUUUGUCCUGUCUAAGUUUCAAUAACCGUAUGUCAAGUCUCCCGUGUCAUGUCAGAGUCGUACACCGUAAAAUCUGCUAUCUGUCAUUUCAACUAGCAGCUAGUGCUAGCUGCAAAUGCUACAAACUGUGUGUGGGUAUCACUUCUCCGCAGUUUUUAAUUACUUGAUUUGAUGUAACUGUCGGCUUUAUUUGGCUCUCGGGUGUUAGUUAUUUAUUUAUGUGUAAAAUUGCAUCUGAACAGAAUAAUUUCUUUUCACUUUGCUGUGAUAGCUGCUGAAAUGUGAAACACUCGUGUUUAUGUGUGUGGUCAAAGCAUGAAGUCAAGGAAAAGCUGUUGGAUGUUUUGUGUCCUGACAUCCGUUAUUCAGAGAUCUAGUUUAAAACCACUAGAUGGUGCACGAGGUCACGUGUUGGGGAAAAUGUACACCAUCCAACAACAACAACAACAAAGUCAUCUCUUCAGUAAUCCCACCUCAGCUUUGGGCUUGGUGUUGAAAAUCAAUCUGCUGACCUGGUAAAAAGGUGACUGGAAUUGAUAACCAGUCAAAACAGACAGGAAAAAAAUCAGAAUGAUCACUUUCAUGUACAGUAUUUGAAACAUUUUUUAAGGAAAAGUUUAAAUUUGGGAUUGAAUUAAGACUAUUAAACGUCUUUGUUGAAAAACUGCAAUGAAAUAGUAUCUGAUUUAUGUCUGCAUAUGAAAAGGUCAUCCUUGGUUUAACAUUCUUUCCAACUCCAUAGAAAUGUCAAGUCUGGCAGCAUAUUAAAACUGUGUCACAUGUUACCCUUUUGAAGUAUUUGUAGACAUUUGUGCCUCUCAGCAUCACUGCUGCUGAGAGAGCUGAUCAAUCAUAGAGUUUCUUGCACUUUUUAAUGUGUUUGUGUUUAUGUUUCUCACAGUGUUUAUACGACUGAUGGCUGCUUCAGGGAAACUGGCGUCUUUCCGUCUGCCUCCCUUACCUACAGUGAGCGAGCUUGUAAAGCUGUACAAACUGCGAGCUGAGAAACAGCUCUCUCAGAACUUCCUGUUGGACUUAAGGCUCACAGGUUUGUCUUCACUUACUUUGUGUGUGUUUUCCUCCAUCUGCAGUGCACCAACACCUGCCAGCUCCUGCUUCUUUUUUUUUUCUUUUUUUUGUGCUGUCUAAACUUGUGGCACAGUGUGCAGUGUGUGUUUUGUCAGUGCACUUGAUUGCACAGUUUCACGUGUCCUUGUCUUGAGACAUUGGAAACGACAAGCUUUUCUCUGUGAGUGAGGUUGAGUAGAUCGCCUGCUAAUGUGAAUGGACUGAGUCAAUUGUUUACAGCCUUUGCAGAGCUUGAGCCUUAAUAUAAUUAUCAGUGAUGCAGUGCAGGUCUGAUCUGCUUUCUUGUCCUUCGGCAAGGUGACUGCUAGAUUAAUGUAUCGCUGCAUCACACAGAGGCAGACAGAUAUUGCAACAUCACACGCUAUUAAUCUCAAUUUAGACACCCGACACUGGGAUCCAGACAUCUGAUUGGAGUGUGUAGUGUGAUUUAUAUGACAUGUCCUUUGAAGUUAGUGCGUAGUUAUUUACUGUUGCAUGCAAAGACAUGAAUGAAACGCACUAUUUGUAAGUUUUCUAUCUCUUCCAUUCAUCUUUUCAGACAAAAUUGUGCGUCAAGCAGGAAAUUUAAAGGAUGCCUAUGUGUGUGAAGUGGGUCCCGGUCCUGGUGGUCUCACCCGGUCCAUCCUAAAUGCAGGGGCAGCAGACUUGCUAGUCGUAGAGAAGGAUUCACGCUUCAUCCCAGGGCUAAAGGUAAACUGAACAGGCCCAAAAAUACUGACUCAACAACACACAUUCAAGAUGUAAUCCAUUAGAAACUGCAGCAUCAUUAGCCACCUGCAGAGUGAUUUACGAUUAUCUAGUCUUUUCGGAGCACUUUGUCAUUUUUCUCAUUUAUUUCCUAUCCCAUCCAUCUUCACAGCUCUUGUCUGAGGCAGCACCCGGGAGGUUGAGGAUUGUCCAUGGUGACAUUCUCACCUACAGAAUGGACCGUGGAUUCCCAGACAAUAUUUCUAAGCCAUGGCAGGAAGGUGAAAGAGACAAGUGAUGAAAGCUGAUGUCAGGUUGUGUUGAGUGAAUUCACCGAGAUUGAAUUGUGAGCGUGUUUGUGUGUCUUCACAGAUCCACCAAAUCUUCACAUCAUAGGGAAUCUCCCCUUUAACGUCUCCACCCCUCUUAUGAUCAAAUGGCUAGAGAACAUAGCCAACCGAACGGGACCUUUUGUCUAUGGACGCACCAGACUUACACUCACUUUCCAGAAAGAAGUUGCAGAGGUGGGUGAACCUUACUGCAUGCUCUGAUUUCUAAAGAGAAUAUUAGCUGGAAUCCUGUGGAAAAAAACACUUAAGUAAUUGUAUAAUUGCGUGUGAAAACUAAAAUCAAAAGCUUGGAAAAAGCAUCAUUAAAUGGGGUGGAACUUAAUGUUAUUUAGGCACAUCAAAAGAAAAACUUAAAAGAGCAGAGCUGGCAUCAGAAGCUAAACAGCAAAAUUGAAAUGUAGAGGUCCAUCAUCGAGGAAUGGGAUGUAGCGCAUUGAACUGUCUCAUUAUAUGGAGGAUUGGGAGUGCAUGGACAAAGUUUGCAAAAGGCUGUAAAAGAGAUGCUAGGAACAAUCAUCCAAUCUGUUUCAGGAGAAAUAAUGUUAGCCCAAGGUCAAAACAAUAGUUGGAAAAACUGUUCAUCUCCUAUUUUCCCUCUUUUAUCUUCCUCAGACAUUAUUAAAGUACAGAAGUAGUUGGCAAAGCAAACAGUCUCACCUAGCAGAAGUCGAACUCCAAUACAAAGAGGCUUCUCGCCCAUUCUCUGCUUUCCCAAUCCUCUAUCCAAUAUCCUUUUUCAUAAUCUACUCUUGUUUCAUCUCUCCGCUGGUCUUUCAUUAGAGAGAUUGUUCUUGAUGCAGAUAGAUCAUGUAAAGAAAAGCAAAAACAGCCUUUCUGGCUGUUUCAAAAGACGGUUGAGAAAUUGAGUUGACAUCCUCUAUUAAACACUUGUUAUUGAUGACAAUUUGUAUUUGAGGAGCAGGUUGAGUAUGUUUCUAAAGCUGAAGGUUCUACUCAGAUUUGAUGAGAGAAACAAGUGCUGCUUUUCCUUUUACGUGAAAAAAAAACGAGUUGACCUUUUUAGUUGUCUAUGAUUGUGGUGAUGUGUUGCACACAAAUGCCUUUUGCUUCAAGUCUUGACAACCUAGAGAGUGUGUAUCAUGGUGUGCAAAGUCUUUGUCAAUAAAGCUUUUCCAGACUAUCCUUCCUCCUUCUUAAUUUUGAAGGUUAAAAUUCAAAACUAUCAUUAAUUGGACAUUGUGAGAAUUGUUGUUCCUUGAGUCUGAACUGAGUUGGAGAAGAAAUCUGCAUGUGUUGCUCUGAAACAGUCGAUAGUCUGAUUUGAAAAAGCAGAACUUGGCUAGUCUGCAUGUUUUUAAAUCCUUUGUGAAAAGUCUAGAGUUCAGACUUUAUGUAUGCAAAUGUUAAACUGACUCAUGAAAUAGAUUUUUUUGUAUAAGUCUGAAUGUUUUUAUGUUCAAACUUUGUGUUUCUGCCAUACGUGGCCAGGUCUCUCUUGUUAAAAAGAGAUCUCUGACCCAGACGGGACUGUCCUAACUAAAAGUCAAAUAAAUGAGUAAUGGAGUUAGGGAGUAGGAAGAUACAGCUGAACUGCACAAGAGUGCGUUUGAGUUCAAACAAGCUCUUCAUCUUGGCUUUGCUUUCCCUGUCCUCUUUCUAACACCUUCCCUUUACUGUGUUUAGGGGACCUUUAGGGAUCAUGCGGUGGAGUAGGUAGUAUUACCAUUUGAGUUUGGAGCUUGUGUUUAUGGAGCCUGGGUCUGUUGAACAUGGCCAUACUUUAAGGUUUAUCUUAUAAGAUACAGAGGCUUUGCUUGAUGCUUUGCGUGAUAUGAUGGGCUAACUGCUCAUCUUCGCCAAAGUGGCCUAGACCUAAGUGAACACCAUUACUUUUUAGCUAUAGCAUCAUUACAUGACGUUAUCGCGAAGCUAAUUCCUUCAGUUGUUAAAAUUAAAUAUUUAUUUCUUAAUCAAUAAUGCACUUUAUUCACAACUUAAACCAAAGUGUUUUUGUUAUUGAGGCUAUUCAAAUCCUUCACAGCAGGGUUUGCUGAUGUUUGCUUAAUUAACGUAACUGUUAAAGACCCAUUAAAACCUAAUUAGGAUUCACUUAUAUGCUCAUUAUGCUCCAAUUUUUGUCCUGUUGAGUUUUAACCAGACAUGUAUCAUUACCACUGAAAACAUGUGACCUCAUCACCUAACCUCACCAGAGAUGCAUCACUGAUUAGUCGUGUUUUCCUCUCCAUCCAGAGAUUGACGGCCAGCACAGGCAGCAAACAGAGGAGCCGUUUGUCCAUUAUGGCACAGUGCCUCUGCACAGUCCACAGCUGUUUCACCAUCCCUGGACGGGCCUUUGUCCCUAAACCAGAGGUAGGAUUGAAGUUUUAUGGUAAUACUUUAACUGUCAUAUUAAAAGAAGAGUCGGGUUAUCUAAUCUUAGCUUAUUCAGAAAGAAUCAACGCUUUACAGUUUUCUUGUGGGAUCAUUUUUAAGCACAUGCUCAGACUUUUCUCCUGAUCAUCGUGGUCAAAAAUAAAAAGAGGAAUGCUGACUUUUGCAUUAAGCAUAUAAGAGCUAUUAGACUGCAGUACAUACAGAUCUUAUUUACUAGGGGUGGGAAUCACAAAUGGACCCAUGAAACGAUAUUAUCACGCUAAGAUAUUAUCGUUACACUUGGGCUAUGAUACACUAUUCUUGAGAUUUUUAACAUUUUGAAAUACAGUGAGUAUUGUGAUACAAUGUAUUGUGAUUCCUACAUUUUUUCAACUGUUUAUCUAAUUUAGCAUUUGGCUUUCCUUUAUGUUUGUCUUAUUUAUGCUGUAUUUUAUUUUCAUGUAGCACAUCCUGCAAACCUAACAAAUAUUUUUUGUGCAAACUUUCUCCUGCUCUAUGAUGCCACCUCUUCCGACCUCACUGAACAAAGUUGAUUUUACUUUUCCACUAUCAUAGAUUGGACUUCAUAUUAGCAAUUAAUCAGAAAAAUCGAUAUUUGGUAGAUGGGACGAAACGAUACAUCACCACACAAAAUAUUGCGAUACUAUUCUGUAUCGAUUUUUUUCUCCCACCACUUUUAUUUACCAACACAUUCAAACCUACACAUUUACACCCUCUGGAGUUUCAACUCCCAGAACACUUUUUGCAAAGUUAUACUGUGUUAGAAAAGUUAAAUGUCCUUUUCCCCUUAAACGGUAACCUUUAAUAGUGGCCCCUAUAAUAACAUUGGCAAACAGACAUAAAACUAUUUUACUGUUCUUACUUCCACUUUUGAUGGCAAUACGAUCUCAUCAUAAAUCCUUAUCUCUGCUUCUCAUCUGGUCUCAUGAUCCCAUCAGACUCCCUCAUCAUGUCACCAUCACUCAUCUCUCCCUCACUCUCCCCCGCUCUAAGGGCUUCAUUAGGACUGUGUUGAAUCACUGUUGUGUCUGCUCUGUCUUUGGCCCCUCUUGCAGUUGUAAUGAUGCCUGGUGGGUAUUUGAGAUAUGGCACGAUCACACUGCGCUUUGUAAUGAGGGCCCAGUUCUUUUUUUGGACCAAUUUCUCUCCCUCUGCUUUGUUCAACCCAUGUGCGUGUAUCAUUGGCCAAAAAAAAAGUGGUCACUCUUGCAUAACAUGAAACUGCAAGGUCUGUUUUUUUAAUUCAAAGGGUCAAGAUUUAUGGGAAGAUCAAGACACACAUUGAAAAUUGAAAUACUGCUGCCAAAUUUAAAAUUCAGUCUUGGUUGACAGACAGCUGCUCGGAGAUGUGUUUGGAGUUCGCAGAUGCUCGAGUCAUUUGAAAGACUCAGGAGCGCUCUUAAAUCUUAGUACAAAUGAAACCAUGUUUUCCUCUUCCUAAAUUAAAGGAUAGGUGUUGGGUUGAUGUCAAAGCUGGACUGUUGGUCCCUUGAAAAUGCCAUGGCUCUUUAGGAGACCCACUGUUGGUAAAUAUUUAAUCACCUGUGUGGAGUAAAAUGCAGCGGAGUGAAUGAGACCAGGGCUGAUUGUUCAUUCUCUUAGAAGAAAUGUCUCCCUAUGAUUUUUUCAUCACACUCAGCUGCCUUCCUGUGCAUUUAACUACUCUCAAGUGUCUUAUUUUUUCCCAUAUAUCAAACUAUUGCUUAAAGAAUCACAGCAUAUCUGUCUAAACCUGCGCGCAUGUGUUCUGCAUGAAUGUGAGUAAAGUGGACUCACACUGGGUGUGUGUGCAUGUGCUGCAGAUGAAUCAGCACCUCCCACAUGCCCUCACAGGCCAUCUAUCCCCACUAAAUGUUUUAAUGGGCACUUGGUCGAACUGAUAUCAUUAGGAGAGAUGAUGGUGCUUUGAUGAGCUGGCCUCCUGCUGCUGGUGUCCUAUAAAAGAUCAGAGAGUGCAUGGUAUAAUUAAUGCUAUCAUACUCUCUGCAUUGUGAAAGCCCCCUUUAACUAGUAUGUCAUGUAGUAUAAUUCAUAAAAAGCUCCGUGGCUCAAGAUUGUUUACUGGUGCACACAAGAGUAAUUACACCAAAUGUGCAUAAACAAUAAAAAUGUCCGGCCUGAUUUACCGGACUACAUCAAAGGCUGGUAGGCAGUGCAGUGAGGGGGAGGUUUGUGACACACAGAGAUAGAGACCUCUUACCAAAGCAUUGAGUUGUUGUGAAAAAUGAAACUAGAUGUCGUAGGACUGCAAAUUUCACUUAACAGAAAAGUGCAUGUUGUACUGGACUGUCCCCUUGAAGACCGUAUAGUAAAAUAUCCACAGCGCUCUAGGCAAACUAUAAAAAUGAUAAUAGCUCAAUAAAGCCACUUUUGCCACCUGAGAUUAAGCUCCUCCAUCUAUAUUGAUCCAUCAUUUACUGUCAUUUUCUUGUUUUUGGCAUCAUUUGUUUGUUUUUUUUCCUGGAGUUUAUGUAACCCUGCCUCACAUCUUUGGCUUAUAAAGCAGAUUAGUAGUUGAUUGUUGGCGUUAUCUAGUUCCCACUAAAGCUGUGAUUGUGUUAAUGAAGCACAACCGGGCCUUUGUCUCUAUUUGCAUCAUCCUUGCCACACUUAAAGGGAUAUUUGUUGUUUUUCUGAAGCAAGGUUGCGUGAGGCACUUGUCUUUAGUUGGUGCAUUAGCCACAGGGGAUCCCAGUCAGCUUAUAGCCCCUUUAGCAAACAUAAAGCGCCAAAAAGUCUCCAGACAGAGCUCACUUGCACCAGCGUUAGUGCUCUUAGGCCAGACUUCUGUGGGAAAACUGAUGCCUGCAUAGGUUCUCUAUCCAGAUUUUCAGCAAGGUAGUCAACGGAUCAGGAUUUCCGAGCAGGCCUGGAGCUGGUAAAAUCAAUCUGUUUUUUUUUUUUUAACAUUUCAGUCAAAGUAUAAUGUUACAGGUUGGGUUGAUUUAAAUGCCCACCGCACCCCCUAUUUCAUCACCAAUGGCAACUGUCCCACACCAAAGCGAAUGAAAUCUGCAGCAGCAGGUGCUAUACAGCACAUAUGGCAAUUAGUGGACCGUGAAAAACAUCUGAAGUGGUUUAAUACUGUGUAAUCAAACAAACAGCGAGUCAGAAGAGCCACGGAAAAAGCUAUGAAAUCACCGAGCCUUUCCAAACAAGCAUGAUGAGAAAAUGGCUUUGGUUAAACGCAAAGAGGGGAAGGGGGAGCGUUGGUUGAUUUGAACCUAUAGGAUCUGUCCAUAGCAGGCUAAAGGGAUAAUGAGUGGGGAAAUGUUGAAUCCAUUUUAAAUUAGCAGCUGCUGGAGUCCGUAUUGACGUGUGCUGCGUAGAUAGGCUCUUAUCCUUGCUGUUUUAAUCUGUCCGUCUUGUUCCUCUCGCCCCCGGACUGCACCUCUCCUGUGUCACAUUGAGUGACUGAGAUUGUCCUUGAAGGUUUGAGAGAAGUGAUUGGCUGCUUCAAUGGUGUUCCCCCCCCUCAGGCUCAGAGUGCCCUGGGUCUGUCCUGCUGCAGAUCACACCUGUCUCUCUUUUCCCGUUCGUCACUUUGCCUGUUAAUUCUCACAUAAAUAGACAGAUUGAGUGAUCUUAAAAUUGCUUUUGUAAUUCAUUCAAUUUGAGAUAACCUUUGUUUGAGAAAAGAAACCAAGAAUAGAAGAAUCUUCUGUUAGCUGCUUGGGUAGAAAUUCUCAUUUCUAAUUUGUAUUCCAGUCAGGGGUCAAGGAGUUUUCUAGUGCAUACUGCCAUCAAGCGUUUGCAUCUUCACCAUGGACAUCCACUCGUCCAGUCUCAUCUUCACUGCCUCUUUACAUCGAAAAUAGCUGAUUAGCAAAGAACAAAGAGUGUGUCUUGACUUGCUUAUCUCCCUCUUUGCUUUCGUGGCAGAAUGUGAUUAAAAUCAACUCUAGUCCUUCCCAGGCAGGUUUUAAGUCAUGCAAUAGAUGCUCCAUCACGAACAACCUGCUGUGUCUUCAGGAGAGCUCCAACAGAGCCCCCCCCCCCUAACAACUGUGUCAUUUAUUAGAGAGUGAGGAAGACAAGGAGGCAAUGUGGAGAAGAGGAGAAGAAGACAGAGGUACUUGAAAAAAACAGUUCAAGAAAAUGAUAGAGAGGAAAAAAAGAGAAAUAAAAAUGAAAGAUUGAUGGAGAGGAAUCAUUGGUUGAUAAUACAGUGAGAUAAAUGAAAAUAGGAGAAGGAGAAAUAGGGUUAGAGUUUGAGAGAAUGGAAAGAAAAUAAAACCACAACAUAUGGUGUGAAAGGCAAUGUGUGGAAUCGACAACAAAGGCUUGAGAAGGGUGUGAAACCAGCAAAAGCUACCUCCACACAAGUACAGAUCACCAGAAGACAGUUUCAUGACAGAGAUCGAUCUGAAAGGAGAGUGAGGCGUACCUCCAGCAGAUGGUUGUCUGGGCCAGUCGUCAGCCUGCUCUGAGUAAUGGCUGCAUCAGCCAUCAACCCGCCAACUAACUGAGCCUCACAGGACGGGAGCCCUACAGAUGUUCGCCUUGUUCAGCGUCGCCGACCAAGAGCACAGGCCAGAUGAGCCGAGCAUAAAUUAAAUUUGUUGAUGCUGCAUUAAGCAUCCAUUAUGGCUUGUAGCCGUCAGUGGCAGCUUCAAUCCACAUGCAAAAAGUGAUAUUUUAAUGCCCUCCAGUUUCUCCUUCCUCCACUAAGCUAUCAGUAGCUAUUUGAAGCAGCAAAGUAUGAUAUCUCUUGAAUUCACAGGGUGUUUCAGCGCUGAAUGUGACCCACCUGGGUGCAUUGUGAUGCAGUGGCAGGCCCGGUGAUGGAUACCUUCUCUGUGACCUGAAGUGGCCCAGCUCUUGCUUCAACAGUACCGAUGAGAAUCUACUCUGAAGGCCUGUGCCGCUUUCUCACCUCCCGCCACACACUCUACAGGCACACAAUCCAUCCGAGCCUGUUCCUAUCACACAAACAGGGUCAAACGCGGUAUCAAGAGUAGCGCAGGGAAAGUUAUUUCAAUGACUCGUUCCAGUGCGGUAAAUGGCGUGAAGGCUUGGUCUCAAUUUAUCACAGACCCAAGGUAAAGAAAGGCUAAAAAUACCCCCCUCCUCGCCUCUCCUUAAACAAAAUGCCGAGGUUGGCAGAGUUGGCUUAUGAAGAUCUCCAGAGAUCUAUUGCUCUGCUGAACGCGAAACUGUGCCCGGGUUAGCUCAGAGUCAGCGUUCGCUGUUUAGCGUGUUCAGCUCUGUUUAGUUAGCUAGCACUCCUACAGAAUAAGCAGGUCAUCCUAAUGAGUAAUGACCAAACCUUAGCUACAUCCCGACUUUGGAAUGAAAGCCAGCUUUAAGAAGAAAAUCACAAGCAUUGCUUAGAUGCAUCGAUAACUAAUGAAGUGUAAAAAAAAAAAAAAACCUCAUCAGAAUUGGAGGCAUCAAUCUAUGAGCUAUUAACUUGACAGGUUAUUUGAACGCUUUAAUUUUGGCUUCAUGCACUGUGAUUUUAUGACUUAAUUUCAGGCUUUAAAGAGGCACUGAUGGUGUAGGCUGGCUUUAGUGGGAGUAAUGAUGAGAUUUUGUAGAGGUGGGAUUUUAAAAAACCUUGUUAUCAUGGUUGUUCAAGCUAAAAAAUAGCUUAACUCAAAGCUGCAUCAACCUCAAGUAGAUUAUUGUUACUUAAUAGUCUUUCUUAAUAAAAUAAACUCUAAAGAUAUCACUUGCAUUCAGAUAAAUAGAUUAGAUUGCAAUCAAACUGGUUUGACUUCACCUCCCAGUCCUUUAACCAUCUGCACUUCCAGCUUACAGAAGCCUCUCUCAGCCACACAGCCCGCUGCUUGCUUGGAAAAAAAAAUGAAAUAUUUAAGGGCCUCCUUUGAACUGUCAGAGUGUAUUGUUUUCCAACACGUACUCCUUUUGUCAUCUGCACGGCUUUAACUGCCUUCCUCAGCAGUAAACUGCUCAGCCAAGGUCAUCGCUAUUAUUCCCCAGCCUCACAUCUGCACUGGAACCAGAGGAGAGGCGCGUCGACAAAGGAAGGUCAUCCUCCCCCAGCGCUGAUGACCACGUUAUAUCUCCAGUAUGAAGCUUCAUGAGCGAAACAAAGAGCAGCACAUUAAGCAUGGGGACAUACUCGAGCGAUUUAGGUGCUCACCGUAUUCUGUGCAAUAUGGUGAGUGCCAAUGGAUCUCUCUUGAGCAAUUGGCCCAACUGUUCCUUCACAUGUUCCGUCAUCUGCCUCGCUCUUUGUGUCAGCAGCAGACCUGGAGGAGUGUGUUAACGCUCCUGUCUUCGCUUCGUUUUCGCCCACAUUUCUCUGUCUGUGGUUGAUCUUUGAAAAGGUCAUUUGCCAGUCAGGGCAGUCAAUAAAAUAAUCAGAGUAUUUUAAAGACACAGGAAAGUUCAAAGAGAAGCCUGACGUAUGAUUAACCCCUGCCUCAAAUUGUCGAGCGCUCACCUCUUCUCAUCUAGGUUCACAUUCCAGAUCUGUCAUAGCGGCAACUCGAGGUGAAGCCUUUGAUGGAAAAUGUAGGUUAAAUACACAGAGGAGCAGAUCUUAUUAGCAGCUCCCCACGAGAGGAGUCGUUAUUUGAUCUGCUCUCUUGUUGCAUAACCAAGAGGAGUGGGAGAAUGAGAGGGAGACUUGAAUAAUCCAUGUUUGUUUCGAGAAAGCACAUCCUCACUCAGUCAGUGUCUACAAUGCUCCAAUCAGCUGUAAUGAGAUCCCAAAUUCUCUUGGAAAGAAACUGUUUCACAACUUGAAGUUUUUUCAAGGAAAAUCAAGUGGAAAAAACAAACUGUACAGUUGAACACAAAACAAGCUCAGCCGAAGGCUGAAGACUUCACGCAGUAAUUGGUUCAAACUUUGAUGACUGGGAGCAGAAAUUGUGGUGUGAGCUUUUCUACUUUUAUUCAUUAUUUGGCUUCUGGCAUUCUUUUUUGGUAAUGUUCAUGUGGCACCAGAAAACCUUGUUUUGCUUGGGGGAAACUAGACUCAUCAAACAUAUUGUGGUAUGCAUUAUUUUUAUCAAGUUUAAAGAUUGCUUGUCCUGAGGUUCAAUUUUCCUUUAAUGUAUUUUUGUGUUCUCAAUGAAUUUGUAGGUAAUGACAGUUAUCUCUCAGAAUGGCAAAUCAUCUGCUGCUACACAUUUCUAAGCUUUCAGAGACAAUAACACAGACCAAUGCUUUUCAAAAGGACUGAAAUUACUUGAUUAAGAUAACUGUUACUUUUUCAUGAAUCAUUAUAAAUUGAUCAGAAUUUUUUUUUAAAAUGUCACACUGUAGAUGUAGCUUGAAGCUGAGAAUGGCUGAAACAAAAAAUGAACAAAUAUCUUAGACUGUUUUAUCGUAUUAUUUUCUUCCAGUCAAUCAACUAGUUGGUUCAGCUCUGGUCGUUAGGUCUCUUUGAUGAAAGGCUAUUCAAUUUUCUAUUCUAUCUUUCUAUUUCUAUUCAACAGAUUCUUUGCCAUAAUUGUCUCUCACAUGAUGAAAUAUCUUGAUAAAAAUCACUCGUCAUAAUAUCACGUGACUGACACAUGUAACCAGUAGUAGGUUUUACUGUUGGGGUGGCUGUGGCUCACUGGUAGACUUGGUCAUCUCUACAUCUUUAAAUCUAAAGGUUGGAAGUUCAACCCUUGUUACUGCUGUCACAUGCUUAAGUGUCUUUGGACUAAUCCCAGAUUGCUCCUGGUGACUUAUUCAGUGGUCUGCAAAUUCUUAUGAAUGGGUUUGUUUAAUACUCAUGGUUUCCUACAGUAGCAGCCUCUGGCAGUGGUGUGUGAAAAUGCAGUAUGAAAGUGUCAAGUCGUGUACAUAAAAGUACAUGAAGAGGUCGGAAAGUGCUAUGUAAGCACUCUCCAACAAAAAAAACAUUUUUUUGAAACAAUAUUUCUGAUGUAUGUAUGGCGACCUAUCAGCUACCAUUUUAACUAAUUUAUAUGGAGUAGCUUAAUAAGGGUUGAUAUCAGAUAUAGCUGUUCAGAAGUUUGUUGGUGAUCAAGCUGUCGUCUGCUCAGGCCUUGUAUAGUAUUUGCUUUUAAAACCUCUCACUGUUGGCGCCCUUCUUUUGUGGGCAUUCUGUCAACAUCUCCACAUGUUUUCAUUGAACUCAGUGCUGUGUCUGAUAAAAUGCAGGAUUGCGGUAACCCUCAUUUCCUUAAUCAUGCAGAAGUGUUGCCAUAAUGCUAUAUAUGUGUAAGCCUAUGCUAUCAUCUGAAGAGAUGCAAUCAUGGGAAGAGGAAAGGUGUGAUAUUACGGCAAGAAGUCAAUUCCCAAACCUAUUUGCACAUAGGCAUGUGUUAUGAAUAUAGCAGCUGGACUGCUGUUGUAUUGAGUGUUGUAUUCCUGGGUCCUGCGUGCUGUUUGAGCAGACAAUCUGCCUUCACACAGCACAGCCUGCACCAUCCAGCAAUCUGCAGAUACGGCAGGAAGAUUCAUACUGUUACUUAUCCUUAUCAGCCAAACGUAUGGGGGCAGACAAUAGACUACACACAGCUGGCAUGUUGCUUUCACAAAAUAGUUUUAUUGGUAAAAAAUAGAACUACUUGCACAAGCACAUUGAGACAACUGUAUCAGAACCUUUGAAUUGUUCAUCAUCACAAAUAUGCUCCAGCAAAGUAAGAAGUGCUAAAGCAUCCACAAAAAUAAGCUGCUAUUAUCAAAACCAUAAAUCACUGUUUGAUACAGUAUAUGCAGGAGAGUUGAAACUCUUGAGACUUUUAGGACCUAGUCGUCACUUUGCACUCUGGCAAUUUAUAAGCUAAUGACAUUGCGUGCUGAUGAUCAAGCUGCACAGCCACGAAAAAGAGACAUAUUCAGCUUCUAUUUUCCACCUGAAUCCUAUCAGACAGAAAUUGUUCCCUUUUUUUCCAGAGUGCCAGUGGUGUUGUGUAUUCAUACUGGUCCAGGAAGCCUGGAAUGCUCAGCCAUUUGAAACAAACUGCUGUCAAAGUAAGACGAGUAAAGGUGCUCUGCGUAUUCUUCUUAUAAAGAAGAUAUGGUAUGAACAUGAUAUUGUAUUUUAUAUUGACACAAUCAGAGGGAAUUCUGGUCCCUCGGUAAGAACAAAGGUCAGAUACUUGUGUACAGUUGUCACAGACUUAAAGUGAACCAGAAUUCCUGAAGCAAAUAUAUUUCUUUGUUUUUUUUGUUUUUUUUUUCAUUUAGAAAAUACCGCCCUCGAGUCUGUCCUACUGAGACUCUCAUGCCCAGUGAAGUCCUGCUGUGCUUUGGGAAAUGAGGAAUAAAGAGGAUUUAAAAUAACCCUCGAAAGCUGCACUGGUCUGUACACAAGCAUCUAGUUGACUUGAGACUUAGUCUGGCAGAACAAAUCACAAAUCCAUAAAACAUUUGCUAAUGUAUAAUUCAUGUACAAACAACGCAAUAAAAAAAUAAAAAGACAGAACUCCGCUUAGUAUUAAAACGUGUCAUCAUGAGACAAUUUGGCACAUUCUCAAAACACGUAUAGUGUCGGUAUUAGUUGAUGACAUGGCACAUUCUUUACUUUGUUUAUUGCAUUGGUUAUGGUGCCUGGGCAGUGAGUUAUUGUCAGGAGGCCAGUUCUGUCUGUGCUGGGCAAGAUGGCGAAGUCAGGGUGGGGUGAAAAAACUUGGCCCUCAAGGGCUGCCCGGGCCGGCAGUGAUGCCCACAGAGAUGCCCGUGGUGUGCCAGCUGCAGCCUGUAGGUGGCGAGCUGGGCCUAGCCAUCUGCUCUCCCCUAAGAAGCUGCAUGAUUCUGAGAGAGAGGGAGAGAACGUGCAGUUCUAUACAUCACUGCCAAGGCCUGUCUCAAACAAAAAAAAAAACAAUUUCCCUCCAAUAUCCAUUCCCUAUAAAGAGCAGACACGCUUUGGAACAUAACUGUGACAGUGUAAAACUGACACACGAGUAGAGUGGAGUUUAGUAUACAUGUAAAUGUAUGUUGGAUGCCCAUGCUUUUACCAUGCUCUCUCAUGUCAAUGACCACAUCCAUGUGAAGUGUGAUUCGAGCAGGACAGAUGGGGGUGCAGAAAAAGUGGUGAAUGAAAUGUAGCAAAAGAGGAAUGGUUACUUCGUCAAGGGGCUGCAAUUUAAGACACGAAGAUGGUCUGCACGUGCAGACUGGUAGCAUAUGCGCACUGCUGACGCACUUGGAAAACAAGUCACAUAUGGAGAAUGACUCAAGCCUUUUUUAGCCGCCUGCCACCCAGCUACCCAGUGGACCAUGACUACAAAAGCUUCUCCUUUUCUGCUUCUUUUUUUGCCUCUCUGCCACUGCACCAUUAGACAUCUGUUCAUCCCUGUGAGUCUACUUGCAUGGUGUAGACCCCAUAGCAGUGGGCAGCAAGGAAGAGCGUCUUCCACAACCUCUGUCUAUGUAACAGGGAUGCAGGAUCACGUUGGAGGCUAAUAAGGGGGAUUAAAGAAAGUAGUGCGAGCAGAGGUGCUGAUUAAAGCUUAUGGAGCCAUGGCUGGAGACAAGAAGCGCCCCUUUCCAAACAACUCCACAUCACUGAGUGACACACGCAUACCCCAAGACAAUAAAGAUACUUGAAUGCCGAAUUCUGUUUCCAUGGCAGUGUGGAGGAGGAUGACAGGAGUGAAAAGCACAUGCAAAAUGCCGGCAUGUCUGAGUGUUUACUGUGUACAAAUACACAAAAGCGCAAGGGUGUGUAUGUGCAUGUCUGAGGGGGGGAGCAGUAAUGCAUGGAUGAAUUGAGACAAGUAGCUGCUACUUACAGGCAUAAUCUGCAUGUAAGUAUAAAAACAGCGUAUCAGUUAGUCCACUCCGUGUUGAGGGAUUGAAUAUCUUCCCAUUUAUUUCUCUUCAAGUCUCGUUUAUUUCCACCUGCAGAGAGAAGCAGGCAACUGUUUGUCUGCCUUUUCUGUCUCAAAUCCAGCCCAGCAGCCCACAUCCUCUCCUGACAGACCUCUUUGAACAGUUACAGCAGGGUAAUGUUACUACAGCUUUUCAGGCACAGGCAUUUUGUGGCUAUGUCUCAGUCUAUUACCAGGCAUUCCUCUGUAUUAAUACACAGACAGGCUCCACACAGCAUGCUUUAGAGGCAAAAUAUCAACAUCAUUCUAGUAGCUAACAAAAAUAUGACCAUUUGUUUCAAUCAAUUCCACGUAGCAUUCUAGUGGAUAAGUAUACGAAAAUCUACAAUGGCUUGCUAUGAAAAGGUUUCCACCUACUGCACUCAGGCGAUAUAUUGCCUAUUUUGACAAUUGGGAAGGGUUCCAAACGAUUGUAAAUAGCAGCUAAAUGAUUGCUUUUUUUCCUCCUUUCAAUUCCAUCCUUUGGCGAGGGAAAAAAUCUACAUGGAAGCCUUCCUUAUUUGCUUAAUCCAUUCCCCAGGGAACUCUUUCUGUGAUUUACUGAUGAAGGAUGUCUGCAUUUGGUUAGCGGCUCCCUUCGAUGCUGCAGCACCUUAUCCUGGUUCCUUACACAUUCACACUGUUUGUUCCAAGGCGCUGCUCAGGGAAUACCUCCACUGCUUGUGCUUGCAAAACAGAAAAAGGUAGAAGAGCAAGAUAGAGGAGAAGAGAAAAUGAAUUCAAAGUUGUUGCCCUCCUUUUUUCAUUUUGUUCUCCUCCUCCAUCUGGAGUACAGCCUAGAGUGUAACAUAAGCCGUGAUGGUUUCCCCUCAGGCUCGUCUCCUUUUAGCCGUAGCAUACACAGUACUGUUUUAUUACACAUAGUCCUGCAGGCUGUAGCCAGUCUUAUUGUCUAAUGGGGAGAGAGAGCAGUACUGAUGCUGCAGCUCCUGCUGCUGAAGCAGUUGUUGCUGUUGCUGCUGCUGGAGCAGCAAUUUGUCAGGGGGAGGGAGCAGGACCAGAUCCUGGGGGCCAUGCCUCUUCCCUGAGCACGACAUACAGAAUAUGGACCCCCCAACAAAGAGGAAUCCCGCUGAAACAAAGGCCACGUACACUGCUCCCCCAGGCUCAAACUUAUUGCUCUCUGGCACACUGGAGUCCAGGAAGUUGGUGAUGACCUCGUUGGUAAACCAGGAAGCGGGCACCAGACAUAGAAAGCCUGCAGCAACAAAGCAGGCACCACUGGCAAUCGCAGCGUGCCGCUUGGAGCGCCGUCCACCUCCCCAACGUGUGCAUUUUAGUCCCAAGGAUGCAAGGCAAAGACCCAUCGCAGCCAGUACGCAGCAGAGCACCAUAGUGGUUCGGGCAGUCUGCAAGUACGCAGGUAGUGAAAGCACUGAAUACUUAAGUGUGCAACUAAACAUGCCUGUGCUGUACCAUGUACAGUCCAUCCACAGGCCCUGCAUCUGGGAGAUAGCUGUGAUGAUGUUGGAGCCCACAUCUGCACUGACCUUCCAGUUGGGCAGCAGAGUGGCAACCAUAGCACCCAUGAUGCCCAGCAGCGCUAGGACAAAUCCAAAUAUCUGCAUGCCCGUGGAUGCCAUGCUUCUUCUCCAGACAAUACUGCCGCCGCCUCAGCCGUUGUCCUCGCCAGGCAGCAUUCACCCUGCGCCAGCCAGGCUGCUUGACCCCUCUGCCCAGCCGCCUCUCUCCCCUCCCUUGGUGGUGUACCAGCUGCCAGUCAAAUCUCCAGCUCCUCAGCUCCCAAGCUGUGGCUCCUCUGUGCUGGAGGAGAGAGAUGUGAAAGAGAAAUUGAACUGAGUGAGUCCUCUCACUCUUCUCCUUUCUUUACCCCCCUCAUUCAACUCACACAAGCACAUACUUUUCUGGCUGGAAACAAAGGGCAGCGUGAAGCAAAAGCGAUAAGAGCUGGCUCUGGCUGAUACAGUAAGUAAGCAAAACACUGGGGGUUGUUGUCUAUGUGUGCAUUUUCUAUGGGCUGUCUGCUCCUGGUCCUUACUGGAGCCCCAUAGAGCUGUUAUUGGAGAGGGAGAAAUGAAUUUGUGGUAUUUGCAAUGCUCAAUUGCUAUGUGGACUUAAAGCUGCAGUGCCCUUACCCCCUCACAUUACUACAUAUAUUUUACCACUUUGAUUUCAAUGCUGUUUACUUAACAAAUUAACCCACAGUUUUCAGUAGUUGACAAUUACACAACAUUUUCUCAGGGUGAAAUAACACUCAAUCCAAAUUAGUUCUAUGAGAAUUAAACUUUGUCAAUGUACCUCAUCUUUUUACUGCAAUUCAGUCCUACUUCUUGGCAGCGCGUUGUGGUCUUUCUUAUCUAAUAAAUCGGUAACCCACAGUUUUCAAAUAGUUUGACAAUUACAAACUGUUUUUCUCAGGGUGAAAUAAAUAAUCCCAUACCCCGGCUGGUGCAGAGCUGGCGCUGUCGCGUCACGUUGUUCGCAGUGGUUCCUGUAAACACACUCAGUCACACAUUGAAAGACAGUCUGCUGCUGAGGGGGCGAGCAGGAGAACACAGCCCGGACCGCGGACCCAUUGAAGCCAUCCAUUUCCUUAGCAACAGCGUAUCAAAGGACAUCCCAGCGCCGUGGACCACACAGGCUUGGCCGGAGCCUGGGAGAAAUAACCGUAGCGCUCCGACUGUCUCCCUCUUUCUCUUUCUCACCCUCAAUGCGUGCUCUCUCUCUCUCUCUCUCUCUCUCUCUCUCUCUCUCUCUCUCUCUCUCUCUCUCUCUCUCUCUCUCUCUCUCUCUCUCUCUCUCUCUCUCGGUUUGUGUGUAUGAGUGUGUGUGCUGGAGAAGAGCCUCUGCCUCACAACAACAACUUAAUAUAUGGUUAUACCUCACCAUAGCACUGCUUCAGACGGCUGAAUUACGGUUCGUCUGUCAGCCGCUGCCUUUACUUCAACCAACCACCGGACCGUAACUCAAACAGUCACGCAUCACUUCUUCCGUCAGAUACCGAGCAUUGAAAUAGUUAUAAAACCUCGUUCGUUUCUUGUUUUUGUCGAAUAGUGUUUAUUUCAACCCAAAAUUCCUAUUUAUCAUACUUUCACUUAUCGAAACACCACUGGAAAAGUUUGAGGGGUAACCUGUAAAAAAGGGUUAAAGGGAUAUUCCGGCGUAAAAUUAAUUUAGGGUCAAACACACUGUAACACCAGACACCAACUUUAGUAACUGCAGAUAGCAAUACACAGAGCCACACGCUCAACCAAAAAGCCACUCUAUAGCCACAAAUAAUGCUCAGAACAGCACCUAACUUCAUCAACAGUACAUACAGGGUCCCAGCCAUAAACUAGCCACCAAAUAUCUUUUUAGCUUUGCCUGCUUUAGCAAAGAGUCUAAACAGAACUCACCUACUCUCUUCCGGUAGCCCUUUCUGUACGGAGACCUCCAGGCGAGUCCAUCGACUGCAGCGGGGUGCUGCAGUUCAAGGAGGAACAUUUAUGAUAAUUUCCUCAUGGACAAUCAGACCGAGACGCUAAGGCAGAAGAACUACCACGUAUGCAGUGCAAAAAGAUUAAUAUGAGGAUUAUUACUUUAAAAAAAAAAAAGAUAAAGAAUUGAUUAUAAAUGUUCUUCCUUGAGCUGUGUCCCCCGCUGCAGUCGAUGGACUCGCCCUGAGGUCUCCAUACAAACAAGAGGCUGCUGGAAGAGAGUGGGUGAGUUGUGUUUGGUCUCUUUGCUAAAGGAAUUAGGCAAGGCUAAAAAGAUGUUCGGUGGCUAGUGCUAUGGCUGGGACCCUAUAUGUACUGUUGAUAAAGUUAGGUGCUGUUCUGAGCAUUAUUUGUGGCGAUGGAGUGGCGUUUUGGUUGUGCGUGUGGCUCUGUAUUGCUAUCUGUGGUCGUUACUAAAGUUUGUAUAAUUAGACGAGCAAGCGGUCGGCAACAUUCAUCUCUCUGUGUCUAACUCGGCGUUACGGUGUGUUUGACCCUAACUUAAUUUUACGCCAGAAUAUCCAUUUAAUUAGCUAGAUGUCACGGCUUUUCCAGUACAUCAAUGUAACAUUUUUGUUUUCUUUAUAGUUACCUUAUCUGUUUUGUUAAAAGCAUCUGUUCUAUUUUUACACAGUCUGCUAUCCUGUCCAUUUCUGUGAAUGCAGCCUCAUUGUUGGCUGUAUUUACAUGCUCUGGAUGGCUGACAUGUUUAAAUCAGGCUGCUUAUAGCAUCUCAAAUUUCUUUGGAAGUAGUCCUUUGACAUUUGUUCACAUGUUUGGGGGGUGUGAGGUUAAGAGCUCAAAAGAAAUAGGUAUCAUUUUCAUUUUAACUCUCUAAACCACUCUGUAUUGACAGUCAGUGGUAUACAAUACAAUUAAAAUACAAUGCCCUUCCUUGCAGUGUGAUGACUAUCAAUCACCAAAACAUAUAAAACACAUCCCAUUCAUGCAUAUGCUCACUAUCCCACUAUUACCCUGCUGUUGUUAAAAGAUAAGACAGAGCCAAGAUGCUUCAUAAAGAUUACAUUUUCAAAGAGCCUCGCUACACAACUGGGAAGGGUAAUCUAGGUAAGACAGAGGGAAAAAAUUCCACUAUCUUUUUGACCAGACAAGCUGAUCAGACUUGUGGUCUGUAAAAGCUUUGUUUGUUUGUUUAUGUGUUGGUCCAGAGGCCGGAGGAGCAUGUGCACCCCACCACGCCAAAUCUGACCCUCCCUGGGGCGUCAUCUUCAUUAGACAUCAGUCAGCAGGAGCCCAAAACUCACAGCUGCUCCCCUAUCUUAGCCUCUCUCUCCUCUUCUCUCUGUAGAGGACGUACCACAGAGGUGGGAGUGGCUAGGGCGGCCUUGGUUCAUGAAUGACAAAAAGGACAAAAUGAUGGAGUGAAAAAAAUCACCCAGGACUAAUAGAGCUGAUACCCUUGAAAACGCAGAUGUGUAUCACUGGUAUUUUGCUGCAUGGGCAAAUUCGCAAAAACAGCCAGCUGUGAGAAUUCUUUUUUUUGCAAUGAAAAGGCAGGGCAUUGACAACAGUGAUGUGCAGAUUGGUUCGUGGCAAUUGAUUAGUUUAGAUAUUGAUCUCUUUGUUUAUUAUGGCCCACUACUCUCUCCAUUCAACAUUGUUUUUCCCAUAAAUCACCUUCAAGAGACCCAUUUCUCAAAAUGAGACUUCGCUAGGAUGCAGGAAUGCUGCAUGCCACAUUACCUGCGGUGUGAUGUUGGUGUCGACCUUCAGCACUACAUUCUCUAUGCUCCUUGUGGGAUACCACUGCAGCAGGAAGAAAAAUUUUCAGCUUUCCACACUCACACACUAGAGUGUGCCGUGUGACCUGUCUCCUUGUAACCGAUGAGAUUUUAAGUGCUGAUGCCGGUGUUGUUCUAUGGGGAGUGAGAUAAAUAAAUAAAAAGACUAUAGGGGUAGGGAAGUGGUGGAUGAAAGGGAAGAAAAAGAUAGAAGGAGAGAAGAGCAAAUCGUGGUUAACAUACUCCUUGUGAGUGCAGAUGUGUGACGCUGUGAUGUGUGAAGAUAUUGCGGACUAUUAUGAGCGUGGUCCCCUUUAUUUUAUCACCUCACAGCAGAGCUCUCAAGCCUUUCCGCAGCAUAGCUCUGAGGCACAGCCGGACCAGCCGCACUCGCUUUUGCCCACACGAAGGGCUUUUAUCGGUCAAUUUGCAUUUUCCUCUUUUAUGUCUUCCCUUGCGUAAUUGGUUUUCUUGCUCAUCGCCGAACAAAAACGGUUUGUACACUGCAAAGAUGCAAGGUGUUGUGUGAUAGCAGUGAUGUUGCUGUCGGUACAAUCUCGUAGGAACAGACCUGUUUGAGUAUAGAUAAUAUGUGUAAACCUGUGUUGGACAAAAGACUUGUGACAUGAUGCGAAAUGACCAACACUGGGUUGAAUAAUUAGUCUCUUCAGCUUUUGACAUCUGGCUCCCAAGAGAUCAAAAUGGAAUGGCAUUCACGAAUUUUUAAAUAUCCCAACAAAACUAUUUUCCCAUGUUCUCUUUUGUUUUUCUGCCGGGCCAGUAUAUUUCACAUUUUUGGGCAAAGUUCAAGCUUUUCUGUGACGAAAGCAUCUCUCCAUGGAGCUGUUCUUUUUUUUCCAGGGCUGCAGUCUUGUAUGUCCUGUGUGCAUGCCAUGGGCGAUUUCAUGGGAAGUACGCUGGGCUGCCUGCACAGGAAGCCAAAGCCCUUCCUCCUGAAACCCCUCAAGCAACAUCAGCCCCGUACAUUCAGCAGCAUUGACUGCUGCCUUCUCCCCUCUGAGUGGCUGUCUCUCUCCACUGAUGUAAUGGAGGGUGUCUUCCUAAAGUAUUGUCAUGAUUAAUGCAGCUCUUCCCCCUUGGUUGCAGGAUCUCACUGAGCCUUCUCGCUUGCAUAUUCUCUGGCCGUAUAUAGCUUUCUUCCAUCCCCCUGCUCUGUUUCAAAACCUGCCAUUAUGUAAGCGGAGGUGUUGGUGGUUUAGGUAGCACGGUGGCUGAUGCCCAAGGGUCUCUGCCAUCUCAUCUUGGAUACGCUUAAAGGGACAUGACAAAUUACUGCUCACACACCAUUGGACAAGAACACACCAUGAAAGAGACAUCAAAGGUGGAAACAGGGAAGGGGGAACUGGAGAACCACAGGGCAGAGCUGGAGUAAUAAGGUUCCUCCUAAGCUUUGGAAAGGUCACACAUCUGGCAUAUAGUGACGCAAAAGUAUGUUAAUAUAUAGUAGAUGUCUUUUGUUCUUAAGUGGGGCAACAAAGGUCUAGAACUGCAGAAAAAGUGGACAUGUGACUCUGGGAUAAUGAUCUCUCAUAUUUUGCCCUUUUCAAGCAUCCUCCCAGGGGAAUCAGACAUAUAAGAGAUACCUUUUUUUUCUGGAGGGAAGCCAGGGCCAGAUUAUUAAGUAUGGCACAUGUAAAAGAAGAAGCAGGUUCAGAGUCAGAGUUAAGAAGUCCUUUAUAGCAUAGGGAUUUCCAUAAGCUGGAGUAUAGAUCCUUGCAUAACUAUUUAAUUUAGACAUCAAAUUAGGGGCCAUGAUUCCCUUGUGGCAGUCCGCUCAAGUGUAAAAAGGGAUCAUUAUCGUCCAAACAUUUCCAUACUCUGUCAGCCAUUAUCUUCCUCUGUAUGAUUCCUGCUGCCGUCAAUAUAAAUAAAAGAGGGGGUUGAGAGAUAGGAGAUCCUGCGCAACGAAGAGGUACUAUGCUUGUCAGAUUAGGUCAAUAAGUCAGUCUGCUUCUUCAGUCCAGGAUCUCUCAGCAGAUGCAAAGUAUUUUAGGGGUCUGGGGAGGGGGAGCUGUGGGUUUCAGGCAUGUUCAUAGCACCUCAAUGAAGGGCCCAGGUGACGGUGGGUGAUUUAAGACAGAGUUUCCUUGCAUGUUGAGGUUAUCCGGGGGAGGAUUAAUGGCACGGGGCAGGAUAUAUUCCGGCAGUGCUACCCAGCGAAGUCAUGUAGCAAGGCCAUACAUAAAUCAUAGCAGCAAAGUGACUUGGACAAGCUGAUGGCUGAAAUGCUGCUGCCUGUAUAGUCCCAAUAUCGACUUUUCCCCUUGCUCCUCUCUUAAAUCAUGAAGUGUGGAAUAUAAAUAGCCUAAUUAUUCCAGCAGAGAGUGAAAUUAAAGACAUUUCAUUUAACUCAAUCUACCAAACAGAUGGUAGUCUGUUCGUGCAUCACCAAAAUUCAGAAAGAAGAAUCUUUUGCAAUCCAGAUGAAAUCCCAAACUCUUGCAUGUUGAUGAGACACUCUGAGCAACUGACUCUUAUCAUACACGUCUAACACAUACCAGGCGGCCUUAUGUAUUUGAAAUAUACUUAAAGAGUUUGAAUAUUAAUAAUAGACUCAUCAAGAGGAAACCAAAGCCAUUACUGACACUUCAAAUAAGCCACAGUCAUCAUUCAAUGUCCAACUGUGUUAAACAAGACAAAACUAAACAUGAAAAAUUCAACAUGAGAUUCACUCAACAGCUGUACACUACAUGCACUUACAGCUGCAGCUCAUGGCAUCCUUUCUUUCUUCUUGCCUGACAAACUGUCAAAUCUUGAACCCAAGAGUUUGAUGCUUUCUCUACACUGUUUCCUUGGGGGCUGUUAAGACUUCCACUGCUCUGUCCCAUUAAAACACCACUGCAACAACAGCCCGGCGUCUCCGGACACUGGGAUGUGGAGAUCUGAUAAGAAUGAUAGUGCUGCAGUUUACAGGUGCUUCCGUUCACUACCUCGAUUGUUCACUGUUAAUGGGGAAAUCUAAGAUGCUCCUGGGAAAUCCUUUGCAUGUCUUUGGAUCACUUUUGUUUUCCUCCCCUAAUUAACGACAACAGUCCCAAGAAAGCGAAGGCAGCUGUGAACAACAGUGACUCACACAAUCUAGAAAUAAAAGGAUGCAUGUGGAGCUCUGCAGGGCAUAUACUCUAAUCUGGUUUAUUUUUCCUAUCAUCUUUAUUUUGUAGGUUUUAAUGUGAUUCCUGUUCUAAUAUGCUUUGUGUAUUUAUCUAUUUAUACACUAGGUGUGGGAGAAAAAACAGAUACAGCAUAGUAUCCUGAUAUUUUGUCUGGUGAUAUAUCAUAUUAUCUUAUUUACCAGGUAUCGAUUUUUCAAAUUAAUUGCUCAUAUGAAGUCAAAUCUAUGAUGAUGGAAAAGUAAAUUCAACUGAUUGUUCAGUGAGGUGACAUCAUAGAGCAGGAGAAAGUUAGUACAACAAAUAAAUAUACGGUUUGCAAGAUGUGCAACAUGAAAAUAAAAUACAGCAUAAAUGAGACAAACAAAGGAAAGACAAAUGCUAAAUUAGCUGAACAGUUGAAAAAAAUGUAUAAAUCCAGUAUAUUGUAUCGCAAUACUCACUCUAUGGCAAAAUGUUAAAAAAUGCAAUAAUAUUGUAUCAUGGCCCAAGUAUCGUGAUGAUGUCGUAUCGUGGCCCAACUAUCAUGAUAACAUCAUAUCUUUCCCUGUAUCGUGUCGUGGGGCCACAAGUGAUUCCCACCCCUAUUUCACACCUUACUUCACAAGUAGCAUGUCUUCCGGUUCAAAUACAUGUACAAACACAUGAAGACUCAUUGCUGCACAUGUUCAGCAUAUAAUGUCUGAGUCCACACAAUUUCCAUGUACAUAUGUUCUCCUUAACAUAACACUUCAGUUGAUUAUAUUUGCUUUAUUGUUUUCUAUUUUAAGACUCCUUUCUUAUCUAAGCACUAGAAGCAGACAGGCACACAAAGGAAAUAAAAUGUUUUAUUAUUCUCAUUCAUUUAUGAUGUUCUUCUUCUAAGCCUCAUUGUCAGUCUGCUCAGCCAGUCAGAGAGCAGUUUCUCUCGGCGCUGUAAGACUAUUACCAACUAUGGAAGACAGACAUAUGACUGCUCUGCUUGGCUGCCCACUGUCUGGCUGUGCCACUAGUCCACACACACACACACACACACAAAGAAGUAUCUCUCUCCUUGCGCUGCUGCCCCUCAAGCUAUAACUUGCAGGACUGAACAGCAUCAUGUGAAAGAUCCUUGAAAAAUGAAGUGCAUCAAAUGCACAGAUCCAGAGAUUGAGGAAUCGACUUUAAUGUAUUUCUGUUCUUUUGAUCUCAUCAGAACGUUCAGAUGAUGAAGACAGCAGAUAAUCCUUUAUAAUAAGAGAACAAGCAAUCCAGUGAAAAGAGAAUGAGUGGAUGUAUACGUGCUGAAGAGUUAAAGAGGGAGCGAUCUGAGAGCAGGAGGAAGGCUCUGAUGAGUCUGGCAUGAUUACUUCAACAGUAUGUCAUGUCAGCUUAGGGCUGACACGCAGGAAUAAGGAGACAGCAGCUAGUAAGGAACGAGAGCUAAGGUUACAACCACUGCCAGUCCAGUCCUCCAGACCUUGGUUGUUACUAGUGGAUAUAUAAAUAGUAGCUGUGAAAAGGGGUUGAUUUGUGUGACCUGAACUGAAACCAAAAACUGCGCAUUCAUUAGAGCAAAAAAAAAAAAAAAAAAGUGUCGUACCGAGUCAACACAGAUGACUGUGCAGGUGCAGAGGGUGAAAACAAGAAGAGUGGUUUGUCGAAGCAGUUAGCAUAUGGCUUUGUUUAAUGUAAUUGGGUGAAAUUCAUAACUGAAACAACUAAAUGGGCUGUAGGAAUAACUUUUAAAAAAUCCAGUUGAAAUACUGAGCCACAAGUAAAGACUUUCAAAGCGAGGUAAAAUAUUUCAAAUAAUAGUUAAAAUUGCUUAAAACAAAAAGACUUGAAAUUGUCAGCUAAAAGUUUUGCAAAUGAUCAUAAUUUAUGGCCUAAACUAAUAAUUGGACAGUUAAAUUGGUUAGCUUAAGGAUGAAACCUCUGAAAUCUCUUAAAUUUGAGUAUGCAUUGACAGUUUGAAUUGACAAUUUUUGGUUUCUUCUCCAGCUUUAAAUAUUUGGUUGAUAUGAAAUAGUCAGGUGAAAAUAAUUAAUACGUGUUGAAUUGUGAAUAUGUGGUUGAAAUCUUUCUCUAGUAAAUACUGUAGCAAAAAUUAAAAAUUGGACAACAGACAGCUGGAAGUAAUGGAUAAAAGGCUAGCAUAGUUGCACAGUAGGUCAAAUGUAUUUCACAGUUGAAAUAGCUAAGACUAAAGGAUUAACAGUUGAAUUGUAAGACUUAAAGUGAUUAAAAAAUGAUGACUCAACUAAGCACCUAGACCUCAGGAAGUUUGGAUAAAAAAGCGCUGAGCUGUACAAAUCCAGGAUCCUUGUAACAUUAGUUUAAACACGAAUUUCCUUUGACAUGUUUUCCUUGGGAGUGAAAAGCAGAUAUGUCUGUUGAUCAGGAUACCUGUGUCAGCAGGGUCCCCACCCAUAAAGAACAACAUGAGCUCUGUGGCUGCUUACCAUGCCCAUUUCUUGAUCAAUAUUUUUAUGCUCCAUUGGCUUCAUGCUCAGUGUAAAGGCUGAUUGAGACAGACAAAGACAGCUACACUGACUGAGGCUCUUCGGUAUAAAGAAACUCUGUUGUGAUGCAGGGAGAGGAAGAGAGACAGGAUAGUGAGAGAGCCUCAGUCUCUAUGGUCCAUCGCACAGGUGUUACUGUGGCAACUGGAACUGGCUUGCCAGUCAGCCAUGCUGCGUCAUCUUAUUUUCUGCUUUUCCUCUUUUCUUUUUCCCAGAGUGUGGACCCGUCUACCUCUCUCUCCCUCUUUCUCUCUUGUUUUGUCCAGCUUUGUUUCUCACUCACCAUUUGUCAGCAAGCCUCUAUCUCCAGCAUUUUCCUCCACCCUUUUCAGUUUCCUUUCUCUAUGCACCUGCACUCAUUUUUUCCAUGUGUUUUUCUUCAUUCCCAUGGACACAUAUUAGAGUAUUUUUCAAGGACUAUAGUAACCCCUGUUGUUUGGAUUCUUCUUUCCUCUCUCUGUAUGUGUGUAGGUGGAUGUGGGGGUGGUUCACUUCACCCCUCUGAUUCAGCCUCAGAUCCAGCAGCCUUUCAAACUGGUGGAGAAAGUCGUCAGGAACAUUUUCCAAUUUCGCAGGAAGCACUGCUAUAAAGGCCUAGAGUAAGCAGUAUAAACACAACUCGCUGUUUCAUGUAAAGCUUAUACCCUCUCUUCCCUCUUUCUCCAUUUUUACUUUUUAAUCUCAUCUCAUCCUCAUCUAUCAUCCUCUCCCUACAUUUUUCAUUCUGUGUUUUCUGACAGCCACGUCGUCACUUCAUCAUUAAUUAGAAGAGCUUUUGAUUAGCUUUUGUCACACACCACCACUCUGACAAAAACAUAACUUUUUGUUUCUAGAAUCUGAAAAUCAGAGCAUCCUCAGAGCUCGGUUCAAACCCACUAGCAGCAUACCAACACGCCCACACGCAUGUGCACGCAGCCCAUCACCCCUGCGCUUGUUAGGGAAGUGUGUGUAGGCCCGGAUAACAAAAGAACACACUGGCUGUGUGAAAGAGAGCAGCAAUUAUGAGUCAUUGAGGUGGCAUAGGAAGACGAGGCAGAAUAUUUUAUGUAACUGAAGUGUGUUGGUGGCAGAGGCACCAAAUUGGAGGGGAGGCACCAGCACUGAAGCGCCUAAAAAGCAUCUGUUCUGCAGAGUGUGUGGAAUUGGCUAAAGAGACAAAAUACUGAAAGACCUUUAAGGCAGAGAAAUUUCCUCAGAAAUGAACGACUCCUUCCUUGUAUUUGAUGUUCGAAGUAGAUCUUUUCAGGUAAGAACCAGCGAAAUUAAUCCGAAUUGAGUAUUUAAAUUAUAGGAGCCUUUUUUCUUUAUGUCACAGAAGUUUGUCUGAGUGUCAGUGUCUACAUCCCUUGAUUCUGGAGCAUGGCAGCGGAACAAAUUAACAAUUCAUGAGCAGUUCCAGCCCUUUGUGUAAUUUCAAUUAACUUCACAGAUUUGAGACAAUUGCUGAGGGAUAAUUUCUUUCUGUUUGAACUUUACAAUGCCAUUAAACUUGCACGAUGAUGAAGAUAUCAAAGCAACCUGAAUGUAGGACUGUGCGUACUGCCAUAUCUCGACUUCCUGUAUUUUAUUCCCCUUUUAGAAAGUUGUUCCCCGAGGCACGCCGUGGUGAGCUGACACAGAAGAUGAUGCAGGAGGCAGAUGUGGACCCCAUUCUACGCCCAACAGAACUCUCCAUACCUCAGAUUAGGGCGCUAGUGGACGCCUACGCUAGCCUCUGCACCCAUGAGCCUGGUCUCGCCAACUAUGAGUACAGAGAGCAGCUCAGACUGAAGCACCUUGCCAAGCAGAGAGGCACACCAACAGACAUAUUUAGCGACCCAACAACUGGCACACCAGCGAGUCCUCAACAGCCCUGCUGAAGUAAGAUAAAGCAAGAAAAGCAAGAGUAACCCACUAAUAGCUCCUGUUAGCACAAGGAAACAACAGUCUGCUCUUAGCUGUGCCAUUUCCACCUGGCACAAGCAUGAAUUUUUUAAAUGUUGUUCUCUGCACUCAGUGAGUAAUAGGUAACCGGCUAUAUGUGAAAUCCUUGGACUGAGAUAAGACCCGCAAGGCUUAUUAGGGUCCUGAGUGUGCUGGAUCAGCUCCAAGACUGUGCUCCAAACUUGGAGGACUGAAAGCAGAGUCAUAUGUUUUGGAGGAGGUAAAGAAUUCAUACUCUUGAUUUAAACCCAUACAAGCUUUUAAGAAAGGAGUAUUUUUUUGUGUUCCAGUUCUUCUUCCCUGACCCAACUUGCAUAACACCUUAUCCUGUGGGACCUGAAGGAAAUGUCAGAAUGUUUUCAGGGUGAAUCAGAGAGUGGGAACAACACGGCAGUGCGAUUUCCAGGCCACUUUUCCUGCCACUAUGAACUAUAUUGCUUCGUCACUUGGGAGACACAGCCUACAGGGAAUUUGUUAGCGUCUGAAAAAGUUCUUUUCUUUUAUAUGAGACAAAAGAACCAAGAGUUUAUUUCUAAAUUUAAAAAUCUAAAUAAUACAUAAUUGGCUUUUGACUCAUCUAUUUAAUUCAUGUCACCUUUGUCCAAAGAACAUUCAUGAGUACAGAGUACAGAGUAGAGCAUCUAUAACAUGUUUGUCAAAUAAAUCUCACCAUGUUUUUUUUUUAAAGUUCUGUGUCGAUUAAAGUGUUGUUACCAGUUUGAAAUAUCUCUCUUUGAAUGCUAGAAUGGAUCAUCACCAACAGAGCAUGGACAGGCUGUUUCCUGCCAGUGUGGCAGAUGGUGCGCUAAGGUUGACUUGCCAAAGAGAGAAUUCACUCAGUUUCAGUGAUCAGUGGGAGUUAAUCUCCAACCACAAUCAGGAUAUCAUCAGAUCCACAUGGCAAAUAGGUUUGCAAGGCUGACAUAACAUGCUAUGCUGUGCGUUACCCAAAAAGCAAAGUUAUUCCAGAGAAAUAUGAUACGGUUGCGUGGCAUGAUGAGCUUUGACUUGGGUUGGUAAUUGUACUUGUGGCAGCAGAACUGACAUAACACACAAUGGGAAAAUAAUUAGCCAUAUAUGAGAUAUACCUGCUGAGCUGUGAAGAUAAACCUCCAGCGUCUCUGAGAAGAUGUGGGACAAGUCUAUUAAACCUUAAACUCUUAUCCAUAUUCACUUGAAAUCCCUCUGUGGCUGCAUCAAUUAUUGUUGAAGGAGACUUUCUUGCUGUUUGCAUCUAAGUCUGAGGGAUAACCAACACAAAGCUGCUAGAGCCCCAAAGAAAGCCUCACAGUAAGUCACAAGUCACACAUUUAAAAACAACUAACAAAAGUGUUUUAAAGCGUAACAGUACAAAAAGAAAACACUAAUAAGCCACAUGUUUAUGAAAGUAGUCAAAUUGGUCCUUUUUAAUGACCUACUCUUCUCAAAUCGAAGGCUGGGGAGAAAACAAAAAGGGUAUCUAAUACUUGAUCAAAACAUUUAAUGGUGGGGGUAGAUGUUUUGGUUAUCUGGCUGGAGUAUGAACACAAAGAAAGUUAGGUGGCGUCAAUCCAUUGAGGGCCUGAAAAUUCGACAUUUUGAAACAGACUGGAAACCAGUGAUGAGAUCUGCACAGGUGUGAUGUCUUCUCCCUUCAUUUCCAGUCAGCAGGGGUAUUUUGAAUGAGCUGCAGGUGCUGAACGGAUGACUGCUCUAAACCCACAUUCAAGAAAUUACAACAGUCAAGACGAGAUGUUAUGAAUAAAAAUCCUCCGCAUAUCUUGAGCAGGAAGACAGGUCUUUACUUUUAGCCAUUAGCCUAAACUGAGACUGCAUCAGAAAUUGAUUGUUUUGGUCUUCUUGGUUUCAAGACAAUACUUGAAAGUUUCAUGCCCGAUAAAUUUGAUAACAUGUUAAUGUAUAGGACUUACAACUGAGGCUACUUCAUGUCACACUGCUUUCUGUAAAGCAGGUUUCAUGCAUUUUCAAAAUGUAAGAAUAUAGACGUCUUUACAAUGUUAACAUGAAAUUAGUUAAGCACACACUCAUUUCAGUUGUGUUUGCAGUACAAUGUGAAGGUUGUAGGCUUUGUAUGGUGAUGCAAAGACUUGUUGUGGUCGAGGGAGAUGGUCUAGCCCUGAAGAAGUUCUGGAGAGGUCGAAAAAUGAACGGAUGUGACUGAAUUAAGACAUUUUUGUCCACAAAAUGAGCUGCUCUUACGCCAAAUUGAACAUUUUCAAAUAUAGAGCUCACUUAAUUUCAUAUAUCUGGACAUAAAUGGAAGAGCAGCAGAAAAGCUCUUUUUUCCUUACUCUUUCUUCAUGUUACUGUGCCCUACUUCUGUCAGAUAAUUGUGUAUUCUAUUGAGGAUAUACCUUUUUCUUCCAAUGCCAGGAUAUUGAAUCCUGCGAUUUUCAUGACAGCUAAUCAGGAACUGGUGGCAAGUCUAACCAAGGGACAAAGCCUGAGAUAAGGCACUUUCUUCCCUUUACUGUUUUACCUGUCAAUAGUAAAUAAAGGAUAUAGGAAGCUCA